AUGGCGGGGGCGGCGGUGUGGCGUGAAAAUUUACCUCUAUUGCUCCAAAGUAUGUUAGUGGUGCUGGGAAUAGAUUCAUUGAUGUUCACCCAAAAAAAAUCCCUUGAAAACCAAAAUGCCGAUGUGUUCUCCACAAUGUUUAUGUGUAGAUUCCCAUUUGUGCGGGGAAAAACUCUUCUCAAACCCACCGAGACUGUAAACAACAGCAUUAGCAGCAGCAACAGUGACCAACAAGAACCACAAACAGGAUUCAGCCGCUCACCCAUACCUAAGGCGAGUCGUCCACGCGGUUAUUCCAUAGGAAGUUGUAAAAUGGAGAAUUUAUCGUCGAUAAUAGCAGUUCAACACAAAUCACACAGCCAUUUGCAAAGGUUAGCAAAACGUUUCAACAAUAAACCCGAAAAAGAAAUAACAAAGGGCUAUAUGAAAUGCGUUCUAGAAGAAGUCGAAACAAUUUAUAAAAGUUUUAAGGAAGAUCAUGAGCAAAUUUGUGCUUUGGCAUUGGAAAACACCAUUAAUGAAAAAGAUGUGCCAUAUCUAGCAAAUGACUUCUAUGAAGUUUUCUUUGAUACCUACAUUACGUUUAAAUCAAAACUAUUAGAUCUAGCCGAAGAGCCUACAAUGUCGCAUCAUCAUAUGGCAAGUACCUUCAUAUCUUCCAACAACAACUAUAGUAACUCAUCAACAUCAUCAUGUGCCAAACUUCCAAAAAUUGAAUUACCAACCUUCACAGGAGAGUACCUCGAGUGGAUACCCUACUGCGACAUGUUCACUUCGUUGGUACACAACAACCACUCAUUGACUGAUAUACAAAAGUAUUUUUAUUUAAAAGGGUCUUGUAAAGAUUCCCCUUUAGAUAUUAUAAACCAAUACCCAGCUUCUGAUAGAAACUACAUUGCUGCAUGGGAAGCACUUAAAUCAAGAUACCAAAACAAAAGAAAACUUAUUGAACAAAUCUUAAACAAGUUAUUUUCAAUUCCACAGUCUAAUGGUUCGUUUUCUAGUAUAAAAGAACUGCUUGAUUCAACACGAUCGUCUCUAUCACUGUUAAGGUCGCUCGAUAUAGACAUUGAUACAUGGGAUCCGAUCCUUAUAUAUCUUAUGACACAGAAAAUGGACAAACAGACCCGUAAAGAAUGGGAACAAUCCAUUAGUAGCACUGAACUUCCUGUAAUGAACGAUUUGUUCAAGUUUUUGGAAACUACAUUUAGAACAUUGGAGUCUGUAGAGGAAUCAAAUAACCGACCAGAAAGGCAGAUCUCUGUUAGUCGCUGUCCACAACAAAAACCAUUUAAACGAUCUCUGCACAUGCAUAACGCAGCCGUAAGUACGAGCACCUGUGUAUGCUGCCAACGUCGUCACCCACUAUACAAAUGCUUCAAGUUCUUAUCGCUGUCGCCAACAGAAAAGAAAUCAAUCGUAUCUCAAAACAACGUUUGUACGAACUGCCUGAACCCAGGUCAUUACUUUAGGCAAUGUAAAAUUGCAGCUCGCUGCCAACUCUGCCAUCAAACUCACCACACCAUUCUUCACGCUGCUUACGCAACAGACAUCGUUCAAGAUCAAACAACAACCGCGCUGUCUACUGCAGUAGAAAAUAUGAAUGCUACAGCAUUAAGCCAUACACAACCAACAUCACAUAUCAACUCGCACCUAUCAUCGCUUGCAGCGAAUCAACAGUCCCAAGUUCUGCUAGCUACCGCUAAGAUUCUCAUUAAACACCCCCACGGUGUUUGCUAUGCUAAAGCAUUGGUUGAUCCCGGCUCUCAAGCCUCAUUUGUAAACAGAGAGUUAUGUCAACUAUUAAAUUUGAAUCAAAAGAGAAUUGAAAAAACAACGAUAGAUGGAAUUGGAGCAACAUCUAAAACAUCAAUCAAACAUAUGGUCGAGCUGAAGCUGGUGUCCAAUUAUAAUAAGAAUUACAAUUUAACCGUGAGUGCUUUUAUUUUGCCUAAAAUAACAAAUUAUAAACCAAUAGAUGUGAGAAAAUGUGAUCUGCCGGAUUUGAAUUCAUAUCAGUUAUCCGAUCCAACUUUUUACAUGCCAUCUAAGAUAGAUGUUUUGUUGGGAAGUGAUGUUUAUGGUGAGAUCUUAAAACAAAAUUGUAUAAAGUUUCCAAACAGUGUCUUAUUGCAGGAAAGUGUGUUCGGGUGGCUAGUUUCAGGCCCUAUAGGCAAACCAUACCCAAAAACGACCCUGAAUGUAAAUAGCUGCAAUCUCGAGAAUCAGCUGCGUUUAUUCUGGGAACAAGAAGAGUUGGCAGAAACAAAAAAUUUAUCGCUAGAGGAAGAAGCUUGUGAAUCAUAUUUUGCAACAACAUAUAUUCGAACGAGUGAGGGCCGAUAUGAAGUUCACUUGCCAUUUAGAAGUUUGUUAAAAGCUUACAAAGCCUUUAUGUCUGAGUACGAACAUUUGGGCCAUAUGGAAAAGGUGGGACGAUAUCCUCAAGAUUUACCACCGAAUAUAUACUUCUUGCCUCACCAUGGUGUUUUGCGCGAAAGCAGUACCACUACUAAAUUAAGAGUCGUUUUCGAUGGUAGCAGCAGAGUUCCACCACAGCCAUCUCUGAAUGAUGAACUCGCUAGUGGACCCCCACUGCAAAACGACCUGCCCACUAUUAUCAUUCGAUGGCGACGUUUUAAAAUUUCGUUUACAGCCGACUUGGAAAAAAUGUUUAGGCAGAUAAAUGUAUGCAACGACCAUCAGCUGUACCAGUGUAUUCUAUGGCGUGACCCCAACACCAAUGACCUGAAUAUUUACAAAUUGAAAACAGUAACUUAUGGUACGACCUCCGCUCCGUUUUUGGCAAUAAGAGUUUUGAAACAAAUAGCAGAAGAUGGCAGAUCAGAAUUUCCUUUAGCGUGUAAAGUGAUAGAAUCGGAUACAUACGUGGACGAUGUUAUAUCUGGAUGUGACAGCGUUACGGAAGCAAUUAAAUUGGCGCAUGAGCUUGUCCUCUUGUUGGCGAAAUCUGGUUUUACCCUUAGGAAGUGGAGCUCAAAUUCUACCGAACUAUUAAGUACGAUUCCUUCCGAGUUUCAGACUACAGCCAAUAGCUUCCCGCUUCAAAAUCAUGAAAUGGUUAAAGCCUUGGGCUUAUCUUGGGACCCCAAAAGUGACAAUUUUUAUUUUAAAGUCAAUUAUACUUUUUCUGAUAAAAUUACGAAAAGUGUUGUACUUUCAGAUUCUGCAAGAUUAUUUGAUCCACUUGGCUGGUUGGCCCCUACAACCAUAAUGGCGAAAAUCAUGUUUCAAACUCUAUGGCGAGAAGGUUUGGAUUGGACAGAUCCUUUGCCAGCGAAUUUGCACAAUGAGUGGUCUAAAUAUCGAACUGCAUUAAAGGACAUUGAGAAGUUAUCGCUGCCUAGAUGGUUUAAAAGCAAAUCGACAUCCUCUACUGAUCUUCAUGCAUUCUGUGACGCGUCCAAGCUAGCUUUUGCCGCAGUUGUCUACAUAAGAGUUGUGAAGGAAGAUGGAAAAGUACACGUUGGUCACCAGGGUAAAAUCAUGCAUUGGGCUCAAAGUAGAUAAUGUGAUGUUGUGGUCGGAUAGUACCACGGUGCUGAACUGGAUCAAAACACAAUCUUCUCAGCUCCCAGUAUAUGAGGCAAAUCGG